GUAAUUCCAAAAUAAAAUAAAACGUAUGUACCACGAGUAUAAUUUCUCUCUCAGGCUUAAUCUUGUUAUUAUGUUCUUGGUACAUAAAUAACUAUCAUAAGCAGCAAAGAUCGGUAAGGCAACAUUUGAAAACGGCACCAAUGUUGCCAAUUCAAAAAAUCAAAUUUACAAGAUCAUCACCUUUUUUCAAAAAAUUACAGCAAUGCUGUUUUUUACAUGAAUCUCACGAAAAAUUGAGUUUUUCAGCUUAGAAUGCAUGAAGAAAGGAAAAAUAAUAGGAUUUUUGGCCUAAUUCUAUGAUUUUUUGGCGAGUUUUUAACGAGAUUUUGCGACAUAAUUGCAUUUUUAUCUGAAAAACAUGCGGAAUGACUUGAAAAGCGCAAAAUUAAGUCAACCUUUGAUUUCAUUGUUUGGUUUGUUUCAGCAAAAUCUUACAAAAAACUUAAAUUUUAUUUUAAAAACCUGUAAAAGUUAAAAAAAUAACGCAUUUUUGACUAAAUACAUUUUGUGUUUUUUUGGCAGAUUUCUGACAAAAUGAAUGAAACAAAGAGUUUUUGUGAUUUUGAACGUGUCUUUCCAAAAUAAAUAAUUCUGGUUCAAAAAAGAACCAAAAUAAUGUAAAAUUAACACAAUUUUUGGGCCUAAUUUGGUGAACUUGAUUUUAGUGAAAAUUUACGAAACAAUCCCGUUUUAGUCUACAAAACGUCUGUUCUGACAAGAUAAAAAUAAUGUAAUUUUUUGACUCUGUUUAGUGAUAUUUUGUAAAGAAAUAAAACAUUUUUAAAUUUGGUGGUUUUUUAAUUUAUUUUUGCGAAAAACCGAAAUAAUUUAGUUUCUAACUGGAAAAAAAUGCCAGAAAAUGCAAGAAAUAAUUUGGGCCUGUAAUUGUGGAUAAAACGUUAUAUUGCAGUCGUGUGUGAGUCGCGUUACCACUUAAGACAUUCUUGCGUGGAUAAAACGCUAUCUAACACACUCUUGCUAUAAAUAACUAUUAAAUGAUUUACUGGUUUUUUAUUUAUUUUUGAGAAAAUUUGCCGAAAUAAUUGAGAUUCUAACUGGAAAAAAAUGCCAGAAAAUGCAAGAAAUCGAAUUAGUUCAAAAAAGAACUAAUAACAAGCUAAAAUAAUGCAAAAUUAACAUAAUUGCUGGCGUAAUUUGGUGAAUUUUCAGCUUAUUUUUAAAGAAGCUGCGAAACAAUUUCGUUUUUGGCUACAAAACGCAUUAAAUGUUGUAAAAAGACAACAAUAAUUUAAUUUUUGUCCCAAUUUAGCAUUUGUGAUAGUUUUUAAGAAAAUAGAGCAUUUUUAAAUAAUUUGGUGGUUUUUCAAUUUUUUUGAGAAAAUGUGGCGAAAUAAUUGAGUUUUUGACUGAAAAAAAUGCCAGAAAAUGCAAGAAAUACAAUUUAGUUCUUUGGCUACUAAAUGUUCGGGGAAAUACUCGAUUUUUCAGAAAUAUUUUUAAAAUGUGUUAGUUUUCUUAGUUGUUUGUUACAACCGCAAUUACGGCACUCUUUCGUUCAAAGAAAGACCUAAAAACAAGCUAAAAUAAUACAAAAUUAAUUGUUUUUAAGGAAACUUUGCAAAACAUUUCCGUUUUCGGCUACAAAAUGCACUAAAUGUUCUGAAAAGACAACAAUAAUUUAAUUUUUGACCCAAUUUAGCUAUGUUUUGACUCUGUUUAGUGAUAACAUUUUUAAAUAAUUUGGUGUUAUUUCAAUUUAUUUUUGAGAAAAUGUGGCGAAAUAAUUGAGUUUCUGACUGAAAAAAAUGCCAGAAAACGCAAGAAAUACAAUUUAGUUCUUUGGCUACUAAAUGUUCGGGGAAAUACUCGAUUUUUCAGAAUUUAUUUUAAAAUGUGUUAGUUUUCUUAGUUUUUUUUUUGCAACCGCAAUUACGGCACUCUUUCGUUCAAAAAAAGAACUAAAAACCAGUAAAAUAAUACAAAAUUAAUUGUUUUUAAGGAAACUUUGCAAAACAUUUCCGUUUUCGGUUACAAAAUGCACUAAAUGUUUUGAAAAUACAACAAUAAUUUAAUAUUUGAUCCAAUUUAGCGUUUUUUUUAUUUAUUUUUGAGAAAUUUGCCGAAAUAAUUGAGUUUCUCACUGGAAAAAAAGCAAGAAAUUUUGUUCCUUGGCUACUAAACGUUGGGGAAAAUUAUUGCAACCGCAAUUACGGCAGUUUUCUUUUCUAAAAAUGAUCACUUAUUAGAAUUUUUAGAAAAUCUUUCACUAGCAUGAAAAUCACCAAAUCUAAUGACAUUUUUUACCAGAUCUGCCACCAGAAAUUUAAAAUUAGGUAUAGGCAACGAAUACAUUUUUUUUUUUCAAGAAUCCGUCAAGUGGCUACAAUUUUUUCAGCUUAAAUGUAAGAAAUGAAACAUUAAUUGCUGUUUUUAUACUAAGGCUUAUCAUAGAUUUAAUUUUUUUAAUCAGAAUGAUUAAUUUUUGAUAAAAACUAAUGUGAGUAACGACAAUUAUCAAUUAUCAAUAAAAUUUAAUGAGUUAGAUUAUUUAUUUGAAAAAGAAAAUAUGUUUCUGAUAGCAAAAGAUAAUGUUUUAUUACGCAUGACGUGUCUCGCAAAGGCUUAGAUUCUAUCAUUUUUGAGAAAAACAGUUAUAACAAUUCGAUAUUGCUUUAGUCCCCUGUUAUCAAACAUGAUUGAUAAGAUAUUUCAGUACAGGUGUAAUUUAUUUUUGUAGUAACCUCCAAUUCCACUACAGGUAAGAUUUUCCGCAAAGUUUUUCUUUUACUAAAAAAAAUAGUUAGUUUCGGCCAAAAUGGACUCUCCGACUCCCCAAAAAACCAACGUGAGAAACAUCAUUUCAAUUUUCGAGAACCAGUCGGUGAACAACUUGAAUAAUGAAUCGAAUUAUUUGAUACGUAAAACAAAAUCGAUGGGGAAUUUGAGCCACACACCGAGAGUACGAGCUCAAAUCGAACCGGAGAGAAAUUUGGAAUUGGUCCAAAUCGAGCAACAAAUCGAGCAUUUGCAAAAUAAAUUGAACUAUAAUUACCACACCUACGUUCGAGAGACUCACGUUUAUUACCAGAACCAGAUUGUUUUUCUUUUGGGCGAUUUAUGUAACGUUGAGAGUGGAAAUAAUCCGAAAUUGGUUGAUUUGAAGUCCGAAUUGAGCGAGUCCUUGAAACGGAUCAACAAAAAAUUGAACUCUCUUCUUCCAACUACUACUAAUAGUACUCCAGAAGUUCGGUCUUAUAAUAGUACUACUCAUAGCACUACUACUCACAAAAAGGGACCUGUCGUUAAGUCGAAGUCUUUCGAGGAAAACCUUGAAAAAAUUCGUCUCCAAAGAUCGAAAAGCGAGCAAAUCGAGGUCGAAGACUCCGUUGCCGUUUCUGUGAAAACACUCAAACAACUUUUCGAGAGAAAUACGAACGGAAUUGAGGGUAGAUCAGUCGUAAAAAGGGCCAAUACGUACAGCGGUGAACACGAUUUUAAGUAUGUUCCAUACAGUGAAAAAUUGAAGAAGGAAAAUUCCCUUGAUAUUGAGGAGGAGGAGGUUUUGAAGGAGGAAGAAAAUGGGGUGAAGUCGGGGGAAAUGUCGACGGAUUCGUUAUCAGGGAGUGAGAUGAGCGAUGAGGACAGUGACGAGGAUUAAAUUAAUCACGAGGAUUCAUUUAUUGACUUGUAUUAUUAUUUAAUAAAUAAGUAGA